AUGGACACAGACACAGGCAUGCACAACAACCAACACAACAACAACAACAACCAGCACAACAACCAACAGUUCAAAACACUGCACCACAACCAACAGUUCAAAACACUGCACCACAACAACCACAACAACCAGCACAGCAACCAACAGUUCAAAACCCUGCACAACAACAACCACAAACAGAGCAAGGACAUAAAAGAAGUAGAGAACAAGGAAACCAAGAAUUCUUAA